AUGGAGCAGCUGGCGAAGCUGCAGUACCUGUCGCUGGUCAGCAAGAUCACCACAGAGCUCGAGAACCACUUGGGCAUUGCGGACAAGACCCUGUCUGAGUUUAUCGUCGAGCUGAGCAAGGGCAAGGCGAGCGUCAAGGAGUUCCGGCUUGCGCUGCGCGAGAAUGGCGCCGACAUGCCCGACUCGCUCGUUGAGACUCUGUGGGCCAUCAUCCAGCGCAUGCUGCCCGGCGGCAAGCCCGGCGGCAAGCCCGGCGGCGGCGGGGCGGGGCCCUCGGGCCUGCAGCCGCGGCCGGAUGCACCGUUUGCGGGCCUUGCGAUGCCCGACACUCGGGACCGAGUGAAGCAGAUGGAAGAAGAGAUGCUGGCGGAGGCUCGGGCCAAGGCAGAGGCGGAUACAGGGGCAGAGCGUCAGCGCAGCCACGAGCAGGCGUCGACGCGCAACGGGCGGGAGGCGGACGGCCGGGGCCGGGGGGGGCGGGAGGAGCGGAACCGCGAUGGCCCGCGGUAUCGCAGCAGGAGCCGCAGCCCCGGCGGCGGCGGCAGGCGCCGGCGCAGCCGCAGCAGGUCGAGGGAGCGGUAUCGGCGACGCAGCCCCAGCCCGCGCGGCGGCGGCGGCCGCCGCGAGGAGCCGCUGCCGGAUGAGCCUGAGAUGUAUGGCGUGUACCGGGGCCGUGUGACGGGUGUCAUGGACUUUGGCUGCUUUGUGGAGCUGCAAGGGUUCCGCACCAAGCAGGAGGGGCUGGUGCACCUGUCCAAUAUCUCCUCCACCAAGCGGGCAGGCAGCGCCAAGGACAUGGUGGGCAAAGGCGACCCCGUCUGGGUCAAGAUUGUGUCCAAGACGGGCCAGCGGCUGGGGCUGGCGAUGCGGGAUGUGGAUCAAGUCACAGGGGAGGACCUGCUGCCCAUGCAGCGCGGCGCGGCCCCCACCGGCGCCUCCAACCCCGCGGGCCCGCUCAGCCUGGCCAACCAGACCGCGCUGCACGGGCUGUCGGGGAUCAAGGUCAAGGAGGAUGAGGUGCUGGAGGGCAAGCCCAAGCGGCGCGGCAAGGUGAUGAGCGACUACGAGAAGUGGGAGAUCAAGCAGCUGAUCAACUCGGGCGUGCUGGAUCCCAGCGAGUAUCCCGGCUUCGAUGAGGAGGAGGGCGGCGCGCUGGCAAGCGUGGAUGCUGAGGUGGAGGAGGAGUUUGAGAUCGACCUGAACGACAACGAGCCCGACUUCCUGCGGGGCCAGACCCAGAAGACGGGGGUGGAGAUGAGCCCCAUCAAGAUUGUGAAGAACCCAGACGGCUCCAUGCAGCGCGCCGCCAUGACGCAGAGCGCUCUGGCCAAGGAGCGGCGGGAGCUGCGGGAGCAGCAGAACCGCAUGCUGAUCGAGGCCAUCCCCAAGGACCUCUCCAAGCCCUGGGAGGAUCCCAUGGCGGACGCCAGCGAGCGUGCGCUGGCGCAGGAGCUGCGCGGCAUCGGUGUGGGGGUGCAGGAGGUGCCGGAGUGGAAGCAGCAGGCGCUGGGCAAGGCGCCCACCUUUGGCAUCCGCGACAACCGCUCCAUCAAGGACCAGCGCGAGUCGCUGCCCAUCUAUAAGCUGAGGGAGCAGCUGGUGCAGGCGGUGCACGACAACCAGGUUCUGGUGGUGAUUGGGGAGACGGGGUCAGGCAAGACCACCCAGAUGACGCAGUACCUGGCGGAGUCGGGGUACACCAGCAAGGGCAAGAUUGGUUGCACGCAGCCCAGGCGUGUGGCCGCCAUGUCUGUCGCCAAGCGCGUGUCGGAGGAAGUGGGGUGCCGCCUGGGAGAGGAGGUGGGCUACGCCAUCCGCUUCGAGGACUGCACCAGCCAGCAGACGGUGAUCAAGUACAUGACUGACGGCAUGCUGCUGCGGGAGGCGCUCCUGGACGACAUGCUCAGCCAGGAGGAGAUUGACACCAGCGCCCAGAUCCUUUUUGAGCGCAUGAAGUCGCUGGGACCCGCGGUGCCCGAGCUCAUCAUCCUGCCCGUCUACUCGGCGCUGCCCUCGGAGAUGCAGACCCGCAUCUUCGAGCCCGCCCCGCCCGGCACCCGCAAGGUGGUCAUCGCCACCAACAUCGCCGAGGCCUCCCUCACCAUCGACGGCAUCUACUACGUGGUGGACCCCGGCUUCGCCAAGCAGAAGGUGUUCAACCCAAAGCGCUCCAACCUGUCCAUGACGGUGCUGACCAUGAAGGCGAUGGGCAUCAACGACCUGCUCAACUUCGACUUCAUGGACCCGCCGCCGCCGCAGACCCUCAUCUCCGCCCUGGAGCAGCUGUACAACCUGGGAGCGCUGGACGAGGAGGGGCUGCUGACGCGGCUGGGCCGCAAGAUGGCGGAGUUCCCGCUGGACCCGCCCGUCAGCAAGAUGCUGAUCGCCAGCGUGGACCUGGGGUGCAGCGAGGAGGUGCUGACCAUCAUCGGCAUGCUCUCCGCGCAAAACAUCUUCUACCGGCCCAAGGAGAAGCAGGCGCAGGCUGACCAGAAGAAGGCCAAGUUCCACCAGCCCGAGGGCGACCACCUCACGCUGCUGGCGGUCUACGAGGGCUGGAAGAACUCCAAGUUCUCCAACCCCUGGUGCUACGAGGCCUUUGUGCAGGCGCGGUCGCUGCGGCGGGCGCAGGAUGUGCGCAAGCAGCUGGUGGCCAUCAUGGAUCGCUACAAGCUCGACCUGGUGUCAGCCGGGCGCAGCUACCAGAAGAUCCAGAAGGCCAUCUGCUCCGGCUUCUUCUUCCACGCCGCCCGCAAGGACGCGCAGGAGGGCUACAAGACGGUGGUGGAGCAGCAGCCCGUGUUCAUCCACCCCAGCUCCGCCCUCUUCCAGCACCAGCCGCAGUGGGUGGUGUACCACGAGCUGGUGCUGACAACAAAGGAGUACAUGCGAGAGGUGUGCGAGAUCGACCCCAAGUGGCUGGUGGAGAUGGCGCCGCGCUUCUUCCGCGCCGCUGACCCGCACAAGCUCUCGAGGCGCAAGCGGCACGAGCGCAUCGAGCCCCUUAAACGGCGCGGCUAA